CCCUUCCUCAUCGCCAUAUACCCAGCAUACUUUCAAAUCCGCCAGCUUAAGAUUCAAUUCACUACCUCUACACCACUACACUAGACGACCGUCAAAAUGCCACCACCAAGCCCUCUUGCCAUUGCAACCUCCUCCCUCCAGCGGUUGGUGAAGGAAGAAGCGUCCUACUACAAAGAGCUCGAGAAGCAAGAGGCUCGCCUGAAGAAGAUUGAGGAGAGCACUGAGGAGGAUGAGAAUAGGGAGUACACCCUGAAGCAAGAAAGAGCAGCUAUCGAGGAGACCAAGGCUGUCUUCCCAACCCUCCAGCAGCGGAUCGGGGAUAACCUCGAGAAACUACGUGAUCAGGUUGAGAAGGCGUUGGAGAACCCGGGGGAGAAAACCGAGGAGGAGGUUGUGAAGGCCAAGAGCGCGAUUGAGAAUGCGCAGAAGGCGUUGAAGGAUGCUUCUGCGAAGGCAUGAGAUGGUCUGAAGAUACGUGUGUGGGGUGGGGGAUGAAUGAAGAUGUGGAGGUUGGGUAAUAUGUAGGGCGGAGGUUUAUCACGAGGGUUUAUGGGGGAACUGAGCAUAUUGGACGACGUGAUCGGGUAUUGCGCCAGGUAGUAUACAACUAGCUACUAUCUAUACAAGCUGAGCGAGUUCUGCACUCCUUGGUAUUAUGUGG